GCCGCGCCCAAUGUUGGCUGAUGCGCCGUAGCGGAGCAGGAGGCGGAUGGGACGAGGCAGUACACUCCCGCGGACAGGCCUGAGGAAAGAAAUGCCAUAUUUUGCCCGAGUGACAAAACACGCAAGUCCUGGAAGUACAAAUGCUGUAAUUAUGGGUCGCAAGACUUGGGAGAGAGCAUACCUCCAUAUUCCCGCCAUUGAAGGAUAGGACGAACGUCGCCAUUUCACGGGCCUCCGGAAUGGCUGCCGAGGGCGGCAGCAUUGUGGUUAGCUCCGUCGAAGGAGCCAUAGAAGCGGUAGCAAAAACCGGGAUCCCCAAGGCUCUCAUUAUUGGUGGUACACCAUUAUAAAAGGCUAUACUGGAGAGGGAAGCGGCCAAAAGGAUACUUCUAACGAGGGUCCUGAGUGACUUUUAAUGCUUCCUUCCUGGUAAAAGUAGUCGAGACUAGGAAGAGCGAAGCUAGGAGAGAAAACUCAAGGCGGAGCUUCAUACUUGGGUAGGAGAGCAGGUCCCAGAGGGAAUACAGGAGGAGGGUGCGACCAGGUAUGUUUUUGAGGUGUUCCAGAAGACC